CUCUGAGCAGCCGGACUGCUUCUUGUUGCCUGCCUGCACCACCUUCACAUCCUACACCGUCUGCAGUCUUCUUACUCACCGCAGCACCUGCAUCAGUCCACACAUGCCCGGUGAUAUCUGUUUGUUUAUUUAUUUAUUUAUUUAUUUAUUUAUUUAUUUAUUUAUUUAUUUAUACUAAGGAGGAGGAUGACAGCUUCUACUGCGGAUAAAUAUGUUGCUUGCCACUGAACGACAGGAUACAUGGCGACAACACAAGACUGCGCCCGUGACAAACUUGUGCAAGGGAAACUCUCAGGAGGUCCCCGGGGAAGAUGGCAUUCUGGAGGAGAAAUACUCACAUUGAGAAAGAGCGGCAUGUGAAAGCCAAUGCAUGGGACUACAAUGCCAAGUUCUGUUAUGCCGACAAUCACAUCAAAACCUCAAAGUACAACAUCUUCACCUUCCUGCCCAUCAACUUGUUCGAGCAGUUUCAGAGGGUGGCAAAUGGUUAUUUCUUAGUGCUGUUGAUCCUGCAGUUAAUUCCAGAGAUUUCCUCUCUGUCCUGGUUCACAACCAUCGUGCCUUUGGUGCUGGUGCUGCUGAUCACGGCUGUCAAGGACGCCACAGAUGACUAUUUUAGACAUAAGAGCGACCAGCAAGUCAACAACCGCCAGUCUCAGGUUCUCAUCAGGGGAAGCUUGCAGAAUGAGAAAUGGAUGAACGUUCGUGUGGGAGACAUCAUCAAACUGGAGAAUAAUCAGUUCGUUGCUGCAGACAUCCUCCUCCUCUGUAGUAGUGAGCCCUAUGGACUGUGCUAUAUAGAGACUGCAGAGCUGGAUGGAGAGACAAAUCUGAAAGUACGCCAGGCAUUAACCGUCACCUCUGAUUUGGGCGAUGUUGCGAAACUGAUGAACUUUGAUGGGGAAGUCAUUUGUGAACCACCAAACAACAAGCUGGAUAAAUUUACAGGAACUUUAUACUGGAGAGACAAUAAGUACCCUCUGGAUAAUGACAACAUGCUGCUGCGGGGCUGUGUGCUCAGAAACACUGAGUGGUGCUUUGGGAUGGUUAUCUUUGCCGGGCUGCAAACCAAAUUGAUGCAGAACUGUGGAAGGACAACGUUUAAAAGAACAAGCAUUGACAAAUUGAUGAACACUUUGGUCUUGUGGAUCUUUGCCUUUCUCAUUUGUAUGGGAGUCGUUUUGGCCAUUGGAAACACCGUCUGGGAGAGCUGGAUUGGCAGAAACUUCCAGGUGUUUCUGCCGUGGGCUGAGUCUCAGAGGAGUGCAGUAUUCUCUGGCUUCCUCGCCUUCUGGUCCUACAUCAUCAUCCUCAACACUGUUGUGCCCAUCUCACUUUAUGUCAGUGUGGAGGUUCUGCGGCUCGGGCACAGCUACUUCAUUAACUGGGACCGGAAGAUGUACCACAGUCAGACGGACACUGCGGCAGAAGCUCGCACCACCACCCUGAACGAGGAGCUGGGUCAGGUGGAGUUCAUCUUCUCCGACAAGACGGGCACCCUCACCCGGAACAUCAUGGUGUUCAGCAAGUGCUCCAUUGACGGACGGACGUAUGGUGAUGUCUAUAAUGAAUUUGACCAGAAGGUGGAAAUUACAGAAAAAACAGCCUGCGUGGACUUUUCCUUCAACCCUCUGUGCGACAGAAGGUUUAAGUUUUACGACAGCACCCUGGUUGAAGCCAUCAAACUGGAGGAUCCUGCAGUGUGGGAGUUCUUCAGACUGCUGGCUCUGUGCCACACCGUCAUGCCAGAGGAGAAGAGUGAAGGACAUUUGGUGUACCAGGCCCAGUCACCCGACGAGGGAGCCUUGGUCACUGCAGCGAGAAACUUUGGGUUUGUCUUCCGGGCCCGGACCCCCGAGACCAUCACACUGUGUGAGAUGGGACGAGCUGUCACCUACCAGCUGCUGGCCAUACUGGACUUCAACAACGUGCGCAAGAGAAUGAGUGUCAUUGUGAGAAAUCCACAGGGCCAGAUUAAACUCUACUCUAAAGGAGCUGACACUGUUAUCUUCGAUCGUCUGGAUCCACGCAGUGAAGACCUCAUGUACACUACCUCAGAACACCUCAGUGAAUUUGCUGGAGAAGGACUUCGAACAUUAGCUCUGGCUUACAAAGAUCUUGAUGAAGAUGAUUUUGAAAUUUGGAUGAAGAAGCUUCUGUUCGCCAGCACCGUAAUUGAGAACCGAGAGGAUCAGCUGGGUGCCCUCUACGAGGAGAUCGAGCAGGGCUUGAAGCUGCUAGGAGCCACAGCAAUCGAGGACAAACUGCAAGAAGGAGUCCCAGAAACUAUCGCCUGUCUAAAUCUAGCCGACAUCAAGAUCUGGGUUCUCACAGGAGACAAACUAGAAACAGCGAUGAACAUCGGCUACUCCUGUAACAUGCUGCGAGACGACAUGAAUGAGGUGUUUGUUGUCUCUGGCCACACACUGCAGGAGGUGCAGCAGCAGCUCAGGAGCGCAAAAGAGCACAUUCUGGGCCUGAGUCGAGUUGGCAGUGCAGGCGAUGUUGAGAAGACAGAUACGUUUCUCCGUGACUCUGUGUUUGAAGAAACCAUCAUCGCAGAGUAUGCGUUAGUCAUCAACGGACACAGCUUGGCUCACGCUCUGGAGCCGCUGCUCGAGCACAUCCUGCUCGACGUGGCCUGUUUGUGCAAAACAGUCAUCUGCUGCCGGGUCACUCCGAUGCAGAAAGCCCAGGUGGUGGAGCUGGUGAAGAGGCACAAGAGGGCCGUCACCCUGGCUAUUGGAGACGGAGCCAAUGACGUCAGCAUGAUCAAGACGGCUCACAUCGGUGUGGGUAUCAGCGGUCAGGAGGGGAUGCAGGCUGUUCUGGCCUCAGAUUACUCCUUCGCUCAGUUUCGGUACCUGCAGCGGCUCCUCCUGGUGCACGGCCGCUGGUCCUAUUUCCGCAUGUGCAACUUCCUGUGCUAUUUCUUCUACAAGAACUUUGCCUUCACGCUGGUUCACUUCUGGUACGGUUUCUUCUGUGGUUUCUCAGCUCAGACUGUGUAUGACCAGUGGUUUAUCACCCUCUUCAACAUAGUCUAUACGUCUUUACCAGUCCUGGCAAUGGGACUUUUUGAUCAGGAUGUGGAUGACCGGAACAGCCUUCGCUACCCGUGCCUGUACAAACCCGGCCAGCAGAACCUUCUCUUCAACAAGCGCCAGUUCUUCCUGUGCGCGCUGCAGGGGAUGGGCACCUCGUUCCUGCUCUUCUUCAUUCCUUACGGAGCCUUCUCUGUCAUGGUAAAAGAGGACCAACAGGCGUUUGCUGUCACCAUAGCAACAUCGUUGGUCAUUGUCGUCAGUGUCCAGAUUGGACUCGACAAACACUACUGGACAGCUGUCAAUCACCUCUUCGUAUGGGGCAGCAUCACAAUCUACUUCGCCAUAUUGUUUGCAAUGCAAAGCAACGGCAUGUUUGGCAUCUUCCCAAGUAAUUUCCCGUUUGUUGGCACGGCACGCAGCUGUCUCUCCGAGCAGAGCGUAUGGUUGGUGAUUCUGCUCACCACUGUGGUGUGUGUCGUGCCCGGCUUAGCUGUCAGCUUCCUGAGAGUAGACCUCUUCCCAACUCUAACAGAUAAGGUUCGUCGUCUACAGCAGUCCAGAAAGAGGGAAGGACCUCAGGGGCAGAACCUGAGGCGAGUACGCAGGACGAGCUCCCGCCGCUCAGCCUACGCCUUCUCCCACCAGCAGGGCUACGGAGAGCUGAUCACCUCGGGCAAAAACAUGAGGGCGAGCGCAGUGUCUUCUGCUCGCUCCCCUGGAAGAACGCCACACAGCUCAAACUGGAUAGAAAACAUGCUGAAGAGAAAGAAUGAAGUGUCCUGCAUCUCUGAUGAAAGCAGCGACAGAGCAAAAAACAGACUCCCCAGCUGCAGCACAGAGCCUGAACUCCACUGACAGAGACUGUACUCGCUGCAGGAUACCAAGCACAAGGGAUGAGUGUCCUCCAUUUGAGGGAGUUCAUGCUCAAAACCAACAACACAGAUGUACCUCAUUUUUUUAUUAGUGUGAAUCACGUGGACUGAAUGUCAAAGGCCUGCCGAGACAUGUAUGAUAAUCUCAAGGAAGCGUUUUUGAUCUUUACUGUGAAAACUCAUCUUGACAGCAGCAGGUAUCAUGUAGGACACUAUUAUGCAUGAGUUGCUAUAGUUAGAGAAAUAAUUGCCGUCCUGCGUCAACUGAUACAGCUAAAUCUUUAAAUGGUUGGUGCAUUGAUUCAGUGGCGUUCAUGAUCAAUAAAGAACGGUUGGGACAUUUCAGUACCCUAAGGGGAACAAUGACAAGCAAAAACAGAAAGUUAGACUUUCGUAACUUCCAUCUGUAAAGCCUAUGCACUGAAACUCUAGUCUGAAUUUACAAAGUGCUAGAAUACAAGUGUCUCUGUAAUAUUGACAUAAAAGCUGCUGAAUAUGAUGAUAAGCACAACUUAAUUAUUACUUUAAAUACACUGAAUGCCUCUGAAUGAUUCUGUUUUCCCUGUGCUGUGCCUUGAAUGAUUCCUGUAACAGAUUAUACAGCAUUUCUAUGAUAUUUGAAGGUUCUUCCUGAGUUUAUUCAAAGAAAUGUGCAACACUAGAAUGCAUGGCUUGAAUCUGUUAGCCUCUUUAAAAUACAAAGCUCGCCCACGCUUUUAAACAUAGUACAACAUUUGAGUUAUUACCGAACAGGAUGCCAGUUGCUUCUAAUAAUCAAGAAAAUAAAACAUACGGAGUAAAACUUAGAGUAUGCUGGACAUCGACUUUGAAAACCUCUACUAUAAGCCAACAACAUUCAUUCUUUAGUUCAAUGUUUACAUGUCCACUACAGUCUCAAUACAUUAAUGUGUGCCUUAGACCUCCGAGCCUACGCCAUCACUGGGUGAAAAUAGAUCCUAUGGACAAGCUCAAGCCUAGCAUGUGAUCUUAGGAUCAGGGCUCAAUUUCCCUACAGCUCACACACCGACACUCUCUCACAGCCAGAAGAAACAUGCAUAGCCAGAAAAUAUUUCUUUGUGAUUUCUCUCCCUUGUUUCUGCAUUAUGAUCAUGUACGAUAAAAAAAAGGAUGGAUGAAUUUCAUACAGCAGCACAAAUUAAACAUGAUUGUUGUUUUAUUUGUCCUCUUUUAGAAAUCAACUUAUAAAAAAAACAAAAAACAAAACGCCAAACAUUCCUGAUUUUAAUAAACAUGUUUCGACACAAAAAACAAUAUUCCCUUUGUAAGAAAUAAUUCACCACUGUUAAUGAUAUUUUGGCCCUUGUUAU